UCUCUGCGUCGAGUGUAGCCGCCGGUGGAGGCGAGUGAGAGAGAGAGAGAGAGAGAUGGCGAGGGCUCUUGGAAGAGCGUUGGUGAGAAGGGGUAAGCCCUACUCUUUCCCCCUCCUCUCUCCGCCUUCUUCCGCUCAUCUCUGCACCGAGGGCGACGGGUUACAGAGCUCGCGGGUUAAGAUCUUCGAUCGAGAUCUCAAGCGGAAGCAGAGAGAUCGAAUGGCGUGGUUGAUGAGAGGGAAGGAUGAGUUCGUUGACUCUGUAGCUGAAAACCUUCUCGAUCGCCUCCAAGAUUGCAGAAAGACAUUUCCUACAGCACUGUGCCUUGGGGGUUCCUUAGAGGCAAUUAGACGCCUCUUACAUGGACGUGGUGGCAUGGAGAAGCUGAUCAUGAUGGACAUGUCAUUUGACAUGAUUAAAGUGUUAAAAGAUACGGAUGAAAAAUUUGCGAGGAACAACCUUGAGACUUUCUAUGUAGUUGGAGACGAAGAGUUCCUGCCCAUAAAAGAGAAUUCCCUGGAUUUGGUUAUAAGUUGUCUGGGACUUCAUUGGACAAAUGAUCUCCCCGGAGCCAUGAUACAGGCCAGAUUGGCUUUGAGACCUGAUGGUCUGUUUCUUGCGGCUAUUCUUGGUGGAGAAACACUGAAAGAGCUGAGAAUAGCAUGCACUAUAGCACAAAUGGAACGCGAGGGAGGCAUCAGCCCUCGACUAUCGCCUUUGGCACAGGUCCGUGAUGCAGGAAAUCUUCUGACGAGGGCAGGCUUCUCUCUCCCAGGUGUUGAUGUUGAUGAAUACACAGUCAAGUAUGAUAGCGCUUUGGAGCUUAUUGAACAUCUGCGGUCUAUGGGUGAAACAAAUGCCCUUUUCCAGAGGAGCAAUAUCCUGAAGAAAGACAUAGCUUUAGCAACUGCUGCAGUGUAUCAAUCGAUGUUUGGCGGAGAGGAUGGAACUGUUCCAGCAACCUUUCAGGUUAUUUACAUGACUGGAUGGAAGGAGCACCCUUCACAGCAAAGGGCCAAGAGGAGGGGUUCUGCUACCGCAUCUUUCGGGGACAUCCAGAAACAUUUUGGUCGCGGCAGUUGCUAAUCAUCACAUUCUUUAAACGAGCAAAAUAGAAAGGGAGCUUCCUCAUUUUCUCUCAUCGACCAAAAGAAGAAAUGUUCUUUUAGAAUCAUAAAUUAUGCCCAGCUCAUUGAAAAUAGAGUUUGCUACAAAUUAACUUCGUUCAUCAUCGACCAUGCAUCUCAACAUCAUCCUGGUGAGGUUGAUAUUAUGCGGAAAUCAGAGAAGAUGGUGGAAGUCAAACAGGCACUCUUCUCAAACCUAUGUCAAUAAAUCAAACAUUGUUGGUCAGGUAUUUUUAGACUUAAAAUAACAGUUUCUCUCAUAUUUUAUUAGAUAAUUACUUUGCAAGUUUAUACAAUAUCUACAACACCUUAAUUUAGCA